AAAAAUCUCAAAAGAGUAAAAUAUGUUGGGCAAAGCUCGGAUGAACAAGCAGUUGAUGCAUUACAACAAGGAGGCCCAACACCCAUGCAAUUGUUGGAGAUAUUUUCCAAAAAACCGCUGAAUGUGACACAUGGCAUAUUCAAAGACAUUUCUGACAGGUCCGAAGAAUUGGGGCAAAUGGUCUCAGGAUGUUUCCCAACGGAUGUAUGGCAAGAAAUGGAGCGAGUUGAUGAACAAAUCAAGCUAGAUUUCCCUGGGACGACAGCUCAUUGUUACCUACUCCUCCAUCCAACUUUAUUAGGCCUCGAAGAUGUCAAGUUUGAUAACUUUGUUUCCUACAUAUUUUAUGUUGGAAAAGGAACAGGCUUUCGAUCUUUACAUCAUUUCAUAGAAGCACUUCAGAAGGAAAAUGAUCCUUAUAUAGAUUCAAAAUGUGGAAGCAUCGUUAGCAUAUGGAACUCAGGUCAAGAAAUUGGAUGCGUAAAAAUAUUUGUUGGCGUGUCGAGUACGGUAGCACAAAUAAAAGAGGCUGCAAUGAUCAAGGCCCUCUCUAAACACGACCUCACCAAUAAAAUAGAAGGUUCCUUCCUUGGUUUAUCGAAUAUCUGGAAUAACAAAGAUAAAUGUCAGUAUGGAUCAUUCUGCAUCAGAAAAGCAUAUGAUCAGAUGAAGAAGGACGAUAUUAAGCGUGUGAGCAAAAGUAUGGUUGAAUUGUUUAAAGAUCCUGAAACUCGGAAAUUAUUUUCUCACUAAGUGAAAUUAUUUUUUUUUUUCCAAUUUCUCAACAGAACAUCCUAGAAUUUCUGAAAAACCUGAAUAUAAACUAGUUGCCUUA